UUCACCGUGUGAAUGUGAAUGAUUGUGACACGCGCGUUAAAAGCUGCAUAAACCCGCUUCCUCAAUCACGCGAAAGCAGUUGAACACCUCAGAGGGAGCUGAGGUUACGUGUGCAGUCGCGGAUUCAUGAGGAUUGAACGUGGGUUGACACAUUUCUGAUUUGAGGUAAACGCAGCGGUUUGGUGGCAGCUUACCUUGGGGAAAAGUUCUCGGCUGCUGGAAGGCGUUUGUUUUUAUUGACCAGGAUGAAACAAUCAAAAAGUGCACUGGAAGUGAUUGACUUGAGCUUUCUGUCUGCUGAGGAAGAGGCAGCCAUCCGUCAAGUGCUUCUGAGGGAUGAAGAUUUAAAACGACUGGAGAGUGGACGAGUCAGGAAACUGAGGCAGUCCGUCCCUGACCUUACGCAGCUGAAGACCUUAUCAGGUGAGUGGUUUGAAGAGCUCAAGGUCAAGCGAUAUGGACAGCAGACGGAUGUCACAGCAGUGGUGAGGUCCUCCAUGAGAUGGAAGAAAACAGCAGCUCAUAAACCCAACCCAUUCCUGAAUGAUACACUGGAUGAGAACAAAGCACAUGGAAAGGAGGAUCACGGCACACUUUCAAAACCGUCACCUGACCCUAGAUUAAUUCAUCCAGCCUUUAGUAAAGAGACUUAUCAUCAAUAUACUGAUAAGGACUUUAAGGAUAGUGAAACUUCAUCUGUUCCGCAAAUAGCUGGAAGAAAAGAAAAACUACGAGCAGAACUUGAUGGCAACCGUGUCCUCAAUGGCACUGACCCACAAUGCAAUUCACCAGAAGCACAACCCAAAGAGCUCUCUGGUGACCAAACAACAACUGUUUUUCCCUUCUUCAGUGCAGCUCAAGACACUAAACCUGAAAGAGGCACCACAAAACAUGCAACAAAUCCAGAGCCGAGGAGAAAAGUUUCACUCCCUCCAGCACUACGAAAAGAACAAUCAUUUGAAGAGAACUGGGUGAAGAUCUCCCUCGAACCAAACACAGUGAAACCUGUGGAUGAUGAAAGCAAUAGUGUUGGGCCUAAUCAAAAAGAGGUAAAAUUGCAUGUUGAGAAUACAGAGGCCUUAAAGAAGCAGGACACAUCAAGUCCAAACACAGAGCCUCCAUCUUUAAAUUUCACGGAUCAAACAUCGUUUCAAAUUGUAUCUCAAGCUGAACCUAUAGAUGUUUACUUAGAAAGAUGUUCAUCAACUGAGUUUCAGAAUCAACCACAGACUUCCUUAGUUUUCACGAGUGAUGGGCCAGAAUUGACUACACACUCAGAUCACAAAGCUUCAGACAAGGUUAGCAAGUAUACUAAUGCAUUCCAAGAUAGUACAUGCAGAGAUCAGCAGUGUUCAGCUGAAUAUACGUUAAGAGAGUCUAAGAGCAAUAAACUGGGUCCCUCAGACUCUGCUAAUGAGCAUGAUAAGAGAAAGAUGGUCUCCAGAGAUAUUCUUAAUGAUGAGGCAAGUUCAGACAGGAAGGGAGGUGAAGGCAAAAAUGUAAGCGCUGGUUUACUUGCUGAGACUGAUACAGAUCAAGUAGUUGAGUGUGUAGCUGGUGAGGAACAAAUCGAUAAGCAUUCUUCUGCAGAAAAAGCAUCCCAAAGUCAGUCAUUAAAAUGGGGGAUUGAAAUAGAUUCUCAUGAAUUUCCCUCUGACACUCUGCAGGGGAAAGAUGCUUCCGGUGAUUCUGGCAGUGACCGACCAGUGGAAAUGGAAAAGAAAGCACCUAAUAAAAAUGAGCUGUUGCAGAAUAAAACAGCUGAUACAAGUGUAGUAGAAGAUUCCAAAAUGUCAUCACCACCCUCAAAACCAAGUGUCAGUGACAAAACUGUGCAAAGAUAUCUUGAUGCGCAUGAAGAGAAAGAAAAAAUAAAGAUAAAGUCCUCAAAUGAUCAGAACUUACCAAAAGACACUAACAAUAAGAGUCAAGAUUUAGCAGAAUUAAGCCAAGACUAUCUUUCAAUGACAGAUGAUGGGAAACUAGUGCACAUUGGAAAUGCUGGAGUACAAGUUAACACUAAAGAUAUUGACAUAACUGUUGUUGAACCAAUUCAACCUGCUAAACCUACAAAUGAAGAUGUUGCUGGACUGGGUGAAGGUUCUUCAAAGAUAAAGGAAGAGGAGGAUGAUGCUGAAACCAAGCAGAGGACAGAAUCAGGUAUUCUACUAAGUGUUCUGACAAGAGCUCAAAAGGCAAGACCACCUGUCCUGCAGAAGAUCACCGUUCAGGAGCCAAAGCAGGAGACUAGAGAUGAUACGGUUCCUACAAUAGUCAUUAUGCCCUCUGAAUCUCCAGGUCCAACAGAAAUGAAAGGUCAAAAACAUGGAGUGUCAGAUCUAGAGGCUUUACUUAAGGGAUCCACUUCUAAAACUCCUUCCAACACUGCAGAUGCUUGGGAGGAUGAAGGAGUUGAUUCAGAUGAGGAUGAUACUUCACUGUCCAGCUAUGGGUCGGAUCUCUCUAGCAGAAAAGGCUAUUCGGCUAGCGCAUUGUCUCUUACUGAUCGCACCGGUAGUUUGCUGAGUGUGUACAGCGACGCAGGGGAUUUUGGGAAUGUUGAAGUGCAGGGCUCUGUGGAGUUUGCAGUAAUGUACAGCCCUGUUGGAGAGCUCAUUAUCAUGAUUGAACAGUGCCAGGAUCUGGCCAUAGCUAAUCCACGUAAACAACGCACUGACCCUUAUGUGAAGACCUACCUUUAUCCAGACAAGUCACGUCGCAGCAAAAGGAAAACUUCCAUUAAGAAACGGACCGUGAAUCCAGUUUAUGUUGAAUCUCUGAGAUACAAAGUGAAGCGUGAAGAGCUGCCGGAUAAGACUCUGAAUCUGUCCGUGUGGCACAAUGACUCCAGGGGCCGAAAUGUGUUCCUGGGGCAGGUUGAGAUCAGGUUUAAGACCUGGGACUGGGGACAUGAGGCCCUCACAUGGUACAACCUACAGCCAAAGACCUCCGAAAAUCAAGAAUCUCAAGAGUCUAAUGGAUUGUUAUCAGUUUCACUGAAAUAUGUUCCUCCGGUGUCUGGUGGGUCGAAGAACAGCACUGGGGAGAUUCAUGUGUGGCUGCGGGAGGCAAAAGAAUUACGUCGCCUGAAGCCUCAGGGAGUCGAUUCUUUUGUUAAGUGCUACAUUUUACCAGAUACCAGAAAGAAAAGCCGCCAGAAGACUCGCGUUAUAAAAAAGACUCAGGACCCUGUGUAUAACCAUGCCAUGGUGUAUGAUGGGUUUAAAACUGGGGAAGUCAGUGAGGCCUGCUGCGAAUUGACUGUUUGGGAUCACAACACACUCGCCAAUCAGUUUCUGGGAGGCCUGCGUCUCAGUCUCGGAACAGGACAGAGCUAUGGCAAAAAAGUUGAUUGGAUGGAUUCGAUGGAUGAGGAAAUUCAAAUAUGGAAAAGAAUGCUGGCCAAUCCAAACAGCUGGGUUGAAGGAGAGCUUCCCCUGAGGUCCUCCAUGACUCCAAGGAAAUUAACCUCCUGAAGUUGUGGUCAUGAAUGUUUAGUUGCGAAAGAAAAACAAUUGUUGGUUCCAAAAACUAACCAAGCAUUUUCAGUUACCAGAUCAGUUUCUUAAUUUCAGCCCUUCUCUCAACAAAAAAAUAUUUUUCUGCAACUUAUAAAGAGUAUAUGAAAUAUGUUGAGAACAUAGUUUGAACAUCAGAUAUGCCUAUUUGCUGUUAAAAGUAUAUGUAGUCAAUCAUGCUUAAUCAUAUUAAAUAACUUAUCCAUACAUAAAUUGAUAUGUGUUAAGAUAUGUGAUUACAGUGAUUCAUUCCAAAAUAAAAAAGU